UAGGGCAAAAUAUGAAUAGAACAAGUAGAGGGACCAAGAGGAAAUUAUCCAAAGAUGGCCUGAACAAAACCUAGUGGUUAGUCUAAUAUCCCGCCCUUGCUUUCAUAACAUUCGCAGCUCCCGCUCUGAUUUUGGUAUCUCUUCAUUCAUAAAAUGGCAGAUGAAAGCUAUCAGGAACACGACCUUGGUAAUGUGUAUGACGCAGACAAUGUGCAGGGUGCAGAGGAUGCACAUAACAUGGAGAAUAUUCAGGAAAUGGACAAUGCACAACAGAACUUGCCUUUAGAAGAAGUAAAAUAUGAACCAGAAGAGGUACAAGUUGCAUUCCUUCAGGGAGAUCCAAUAAAGUUGGAACAAGAGGAGGUACAUGUUGAGUCCCUUCAGGGACAUGCGCUAAAAUCAGAACCAGAAGAAGUACAAGUUGCUGAAAAUGGUUCAGGAGGUGGUGAGGAAAAAAAAUGGCCUGGUUGGCCUGGAGAAAAUGUCUUCAGAAUGUUAGUUCCUUCUCAGAAGGUUGGUGGUAUCAUUGGCCGCAAAGGAGAGUAUAUAAAAAGAACCUGUGAAGAAACAAAAGCUCGCAUUAAGAUCCUCGAUGGUCCUCCUGGUACUACAGAAAGAGCUGUGAUGAUAUCUGCUAAGGAAGAGCCUAGCCUCUCCAUUCCGCCUGCUAUGGAUGGCCUUUUAAAGGUCCAUAAGCGGAUUAUUGAUGUGGAUCAUGAGUCUGCCAAUACUUCUUCUGGUGCUGGGAGACCAGCUUCUACUAGACUACUUGUGGCUGCUACACAGGCUGCAAUCCUGAUUGGAAAGCAGGGUGCAACUGUUAAGUCUAUUCAAGAUGAAUCUCGUUGCACUAUUCGAGUCCUUGGAGGAGAGCAUCUCCCCGUUUUUGCCUUGCCUGAUGAUAGUAUUGUUGAGAUACAAGGGGAGCCAGCAGGCGUGCAUAAAGCAGUCGAAAUGAUUGCAGCUCAACUAAGGAAAUUUUUAGUUGAUCGCAGUGUGAUUGGAGUAUUUGAGAAACUAAUGCAAAUGCCAAAUGGUCAUGCUCACCAGAAUAUGCCCCCGCCCGGACCUACCCAACCUUGGGGUCCACCUCCAUCCAGUUUUCCCAUGAGUGCUGGGGGGCCUGGAUUUGGAGCCAACCAUCAGUAUAUGCCACCUCCACGUCAAUUUGACAAUUACUUUCCCCGAGACAUGCCUCUAGAUAAGCCACCACAUCAGGGCCCCCCUGCUUAUGGCAGAGAUGCUUCAGUGGGAGCUCAUGGAAAUGCGCAACCACAACAAUCCAUUGUUUCAAAGGUCACACAAAACAUACAAAUUCCUUUGUCAUAUGCCGAUGCUGUUAUUGGGGCUUCAGGUUCAAAUAUUAGUUAUAUUCGCCGGACCAGUGGUGCAACUAUUGCAGUACAGGAAACAAGGGGUGUUCCUGGUGAGAUGACUGUUGAGAUAAAUGGGUCUGCAUCACAAGUCCAAACAGCACAACAAUUAAUUCAGAAUUCCAUCGCCGAUGCUACCAGCGCAAUGCAGAAUACUGCUGCUGGACCACCUUCCCAAGGUUAUAAUCCGUAUCCUUCUCAGGGUCCUGUGUACUCUUCAUCCACUGCCACUGGUCAAGGUGGUUAUGCGCCAGCUGCAGAUUAUGGUUCUGUUUAUGGAGGCAGCUACGGCUAUUAAAGGAUAUCCAAACAAGUCGCACCUGCUUAGCACAAGAACCAAUGAGUCCUCAGCUGCUGGGAAAUUUUAGCUCGUUAGUUGGCUGUAUCACGAUUUCUAGUAGUUGAGAAGUGAAUUGCUGGUUGCCUUUUUGUAAUCUGUUUAGUCGUGUUUAAUUUCCGGUCUUCUGCAUUCUCAACCGUGCCAUCACAUUUCUUAAUUAGACGGCAUACUCUUUGACCAAUAUGACUAGUGAGAUCAAAUUCAAAAACUAA